AUGGCUGAGGAUGAUUAUUAUACUGUCGUUUUCCAUCAUGGGGGCGUGCUUGUGUCUGAACCCCAUAUGGAGUACAUUGGGGGCGUGGUUGAUUCAUGGGCCAAUGUGGACAUUGAUCGUAUAUUAAUUCCAUUUGUUGAGUGGAGGUUUGAAGAGCUUUAUGGGGACAAUGCAAAAUACAAGACAGUUUAUUGGUUGGAUCCUGGUUUAGAAGUAAAGGAUGGGCUAAGACCUCUGGAAAAUGACACGGACGUUAGAAUGCUUUACUCUAUUGUUCAUGAAAAAGCUCAAAACAAAGAAAUACAUUUCUAUUUUGAGCAUGAGGAUGAAGUGGAAGUUAUUGAUGGAGACAGUGAAGAUGAUGACUGUGGAGACAGUGAAGAUGAUGUUUAUAAACCAAGACAUGAAGAUGAGGGUGGAGACAGUGAAGAUAAUGAGGAUGAUGCAGAUGAUGAGGAUCAUGAAGAUGAUGAGGACGAAAUUGUUGUAGAUAUUGGAAGUGGCACCGUAGGAUGUUCUGGUAAUCCAAUGCCAAAGUCAAAGAAGCCAAAGAAACAAAAGUGGAGGGCAUGUAAUGGUAGGCCUAGGUAUCCAAAUAUUGAGGAUGUUCAGAGGCCCCAUGAGGCAAGAAAUACAGUUGAUGAUGCUGAUGAUGAAGGGGGUUACCAUUCUGAUCAGAUGGGAAGCAUUAGAGGGGACAGUGAUGAUGAAGGACGAUAUGAGAUUAAGCCUCCACAGUUCAAUGAAGCGGCACCAUUUGGACAGGUCGAUUUGCAGUUAUACAUGCUUUUCCCAACAUUGAAAAUGCUUAAGCAAGCUGUGAAGGACUACACAAUAGCAUUGGGGAGGCCAGUGAAACAAGUGAAGGCUGACAAAGGGAGAUGCAAGUAUACAUGUGAACAAGGUUGUGACUGGAACAUAUUUUGUUCUUGGGCAGAAGUUCAUGGGAGUUAUCAGAUCAAGACUUUCAAUCCCACUCAUACAUGUAGCAGGAAGUUGAAAAACCAUCAAGCUACUAGUAAAUGGGUUGCAGACAAGCUUGUUGAAUUCAUGAGGCAAGUUCCUGACAUGACUGCUGUUGAUGCCUUUAAGUACAUGGCUAGCACAUUCCAAGUUCGAUUGGCUGACAUGAAGAUUUACAGAGCUAUGCGCAUUGCUAGGGAAGUUGUUGAAGGUUCUGAGAAGGAUCAAUAUGAAAUAUUGAUGGAUUAUUGUAUGGAACUUUUGACAAGCAAUGCUGGCUCAACUGUAGGGAUACAUGUUGAGAGACCAGACCUAUCUUUUCCAGCGAUGUUUGAUAGACUAUAUUGUUGCUUUGAUGCAUGUAAAAAAGGAGUACUGUCUGGUUGCUGCCCGCUUAUAGGUUUAGAUGGGUGUUUCCUUAAAGGUUACUAUGGAGGCACUCUGUUAGUAGCAGUCAGUCAAGAUGGAAAUCAUUCUUUUUAUGUCAUUGCAUAUGUCAUUGCAUAUGCCAUUAUUGGCCAAGAGACCAAGGACACAUGGAGUUGGUUCCUUACUCGACUAUUCGAAGAUAUAGGACAUCCAAAAGAUGUGGGCUGUGAAUUUAUUUCAGACAUGCAAAAGGGUUUGCUACCUGCUAUGGAAGAGCUAGCUCCAGGAACAAAGCAUAGGUUCUGUUUGAGACAUUUAGAGGUCAAUAUUUGGAAUUAUUGGAGAAUUGCAGAGUUGAGAAACCUGUUGUGGGACUGUGCUCGAUGCCUGACAAUGCUAGAAUUUGAAAAGAAGUUUUUGGAACUGAAGGAGCUGAGUAUGCUUGCAUGGACAUACCUUAAUAAUUUACAGCAUCACAACUGGACAAGAGUUGCAUUCAGUACUACAAGCAAGAAUUGUGCUUUGACCAACAACAUGUCAAAGCAAUUCAAUGCAGCUAUAGUGAAAAUGAGAGGCAAACCCAUCAUUUCAAUGUUGGAAGAAAUAAGGGUAUAUCUGAUGAACAAGAUGAACAAAAUCAGGAAGCAGUUGACACAAUAUAGGGGUCCAAUUACUCCUGCUGCACAGACCAAGCUUGAGGUUGCCAAGUAA